AUGGGGCAGGAGAAUUCACAAAAGAAAAUCGACAAACUCGCUCGAGUGAGGGAGAACCAACGGAAGAGUAGGGCAAAGAAACAAGCGCAUAUCCGUGACUUGGAACAGAAGCUGGCGUUAUCUGAAGAGCAAGCACGUCGCAAGGAUGUCGAUCAUAGACUGGCUGUCCAAAAACUCCAAGCAGAAAACCGUAGACUGAGACAUUUUUUGGUUUGUUCAGGCUUCUCACCCAGCGAGAUCGACGGGUAUCUACAGACGGGCGAUGAUCCGGCUCGGUCAAGGAAGAUUGCAAUCCCUCCACUACGACCGUCUGCGGGUGGGUUUGAAACUCACUGUCGGGAGGGCGUGUCCGCGUGUUCUUCUGCGUCGCCGGAGAAUCAAACGGAUUCUCAGACUUGUUAUAAGGUCGAAGGGCCGGUAGCUAAGAGUGACCCUGGAGUUGAAACGAUUCCUCCUCAGAAAUACCCCAUUGAGAUGCCUACCAAGCCGCAAUCCUUUGGUCAAGAACAGUCCAUCUGUGGCUGCGUUCCUGGAGAUGCAGAAUCAUGGCCUAAGAACGAAGAUGUUCUAAACACUACGCUCUGCGCAAUUGCGGAAGAACUUAUCAAUCAGUACAACACGUGCGGCAUGGACAUGGCAGAGAUCCGGAGAAAACUCUGUGCUGGUUUCUCUAAGGGACUUACCACAGAAGAUGGUUGUAGGGUUCAGAAUCAGAUUUUGUUUCAAGUUUUGGAUGAAAUCAGCAACUAA